UGUCAGUCUCCUUGUGGUCAACCUCAGCCUGCUGUUUGUUGCUGUGAGGAAGCGUAGAGUUAACGGAAGGCUCUUGACGGGAGAAUGCAGCUGAGAGACGGUUUCAGGAGCCUGUCGUGAGUUUCAAGAAGUCCAAUCGCAAGACUGAAGAAAACCAACAUGUUUCUUUAGUCCAGAUUCUCGCAUCGCUUUUCUGUGGAAGGAACUGCUUGGCGACCCAGGGCUAAAAAAAAACAAACAAACCCCAACACAAAACGGAUUUACAGCAGAAGAAAGGUGCAUCGCGUCCCAAAGACGACUCAGGGUCAUUGGAUUCGAGGCAGAAGUCAGCAUGAAGUUUGCACAAUUUUUAAUCAAGAACGCCGCAAUGGCAAAUGUGCCAAAGCAAAUCGAGAGAUUCUGCAAGUACUCCCCUUCGCCGUUGUCAAUGAAGCAAUUCUUAGAUUUCGGUUCUUCCAAUGCCUGCGAGAAGACCUCUUUCGUGUUCCUGAGGCAGGAACUCCCUGUCAGAUUGGCUAACAUCAUGAAAGAAAUUGAUUUCCUUCCUGACAAACUUCUGAGUACCCCAUCCCUGCAGUUGCUGACCAGUUGGUAUGCACAGAGUUUCAUGGAAAUUCUACAGUUCCAAGAAAAGGACCCCGAAGAUAGAAAAGUUUUGUCAGACUUUUCAGAAGUGCUAAUCAACAUCAGAAACAGGCACAACAAUGUGGUUCCUACCAUGGCUCAGGGGGUUAUUGAGUACAAGGAGGCCUUUGGUGUCGACCCAGUGACCAAUCAGAACGUCCAGUACUUCCUUGACCGUUUCUACAUGAGCCGCAUCUCAACCCGGAUGCUGAUGAACCAACAUACACUUAUCUUUCAUGGAAGCACCAAUCCUGCCCAUCCUAAACACAUAGGAAGCAUUGAUCCCAACUGUGAUGUGGUGGAAGUAGUAAAAGAUGCAUAUGAAAGCUCCAAGAUGCUCUGUGAUCAGUAUUACUUAACAUCUCCUGAAGUGGAGAUCAAACAGGUGAAUGCCAAAGCACCUGGUCAAGCUCUGCGUAUGGUUUAUGUUCCCUCCCAUCUGUACCAUAUGUUAUUUGAACUCUUCAAGAACGCCAUGAGAGCGGCAGUGGAGAUGCACGAGUCGAGCUCCGUCGUGCCUCCUGUGAAAGUGAGAGUUUCAUUAGGGAACGAGGAUCUGACCAUACAGAUGUCUGACAGAGGUGGGGGUGUUCCUCUGAGGAAGAUUGACCGCCUAUUCAGUUAUAUGUAUUCUACAGCUCCAAGUCCUGUUAUGGACAAUUCUCGGAAUGCUCCCUUGGCUGGCUUUGGUUACGGCCUUCCCAUUUCUCGUCUUUAUGCCAAGUAUUUCCAGGGAGACUUGCAACUCUAUUCCAUGGAAGGAUACGGAACAUCUGCUGUUAUUUACUUAAAGGCUUUGUCUUCAGACUCGGUGGAAAGGCUGCCUGUGUUUAACAAGUCUGCCUGGAGGCAUUACCAGAUGAGCUCAGAGGCUGAUGACUGGUGCAUCCCCAGCAGCGAGCCCAAGAAGCUCGGGAAGUAUGAUCUCAACGAGUGAGGUCAAAGUUGACACCACACACAGAGCUGACGUCUGGAGCGUUUGCAAGCUGCCCGUUCAGAUAUAAAACGGGAACACGUGAAAGCCAUCAGACCUGUAUGUGGAGAGGAGAGAAUUGCUUACAUUGGUUUCUUCCAGUGCUGCUGCCCUUUGUGAUUUGAUAAUUCUAAACGGCAAACAUUUUCCCAGAGUGAACAUAAUAUCAGCUUGCGAUUAUAAUAGCUGUGACUGCAUGAAUGUUUGUAAGAGUUCAAUGGUUAAGUAUCUUAUCAAACAUCAUGUUUUAUCUGCAGUAUGUGUGUGUAUUUCACUGUGUCAGGCAUUAUUGGAAAAGACUUACAACAGUGGCCAGUACAAUUAAAAUUUCCAUGUGACUACAGUCCUCGUGGAGUAUCAGGUUACAGGUUAAUUUGGGGCCUAAAUUCCUGUUGCAAAGUGUUUUUGGUUUUAAUUUCUGUGUUCAGUUGAACUUACUGUACUUUAAUUGGUCAUUGGUGUCAUUUCUCCUGGUAGGUGAUGGAUUAAAGACCUUUGACAUCCCAUGCCUUCAGCACUUAAUUAUGGGCUCCACUGAGUGAAAUUGUUAAGGUGCUGAGUUUGUUCACUUUUUUGUGGAAUCAAAAAUCCUAGAAAAUGUUCUUUGUAGUCUGUGAGCCAUCACUUUGAUUUAUUUUUCAGGUUUUUUACACAUAGUUUUUUUUUGUUCUCAUUUCAUUUACAGUUUAGCAUGCAUUGUGGUCCAGACUUCUUCAUGUUCAGAAUUCCUUCUGGCCAGAUUUCUGAAACUGGUUCUUUUGCAUUUCUGUCUCUCAUAAAACUUAAAAAUGUUUUGGUAUUAGUCAGUCUAACAGUUGUCCAUCUCUGUUUUUUAUGUUUUCCUUUGUUCUAUUUUGUUUCUACACAGUAUUGAUUCAGAGUAAUUUAGUAGUAUUUCACUAUUACUGUAAGUACAGUAUAAUUAUAUCUAAGACUGACUCAAAGCCCAGAAAUCCAGACUUCUGAAAAGUUGCACACCUUCACAGUUAAUUUUAACUGCAAAUAGAAAUGUAUUAGAGACAGGUUAAGUCCUGUUUUUAUUUCUUGAAUUUUAUUCAUUUUAUUUUGCAGAGUAAUCCAUUGACUUUCAAGUGUAGCAAAAGAAUGGUUUGUGAAAACUUAUGUAUUUGCUGCUAGCAAUAAGUUCAGCAUCAGGGACAUUAGAAAUGUGUGUGCUCUGCUGAGACAGAAUAUCUUCCCUCAUACUAUGGAUCUAAAGCUACUUUAUUUCUGUAACUGAACCUUCUAGACAGUAUCUCAUUUGUGUGUAACUGUGGUGCAGUGGAACAAGAGACUGAGUGCCUUUUUAAUUGCAUUUGUUAGAAGCUGUUACUAGCCAUAAUGCUAAGUUGAUUUUCAUAAACACCUUUUCUACCUCUAAAGAAAUAGAUGUACGAUACUAAUGGCAGACAGGUUAAAUAUAUAGAAAAUUCUUAUUCUGCAAAGUAUUGGCAUAAAAUACUUUACAAUUUAAAUGCAUGAAACAGCAUUCAGAGUUCUUUUCUGAAUUUUGAAUAUCCUGAAUAUGUGAAUUUAAUGUAAAUGCUGGGUACUUUAAUAGAGCCAGGUGAAACAGUCAAAACAUAAAAAGGUGAAGUUUGUCACAACGUCGUAGCACAUAUAGAUUUUCCUAUGAAGGGUUAAUGCACAUACAGUAUACUGUAUAUAUCAACAGAAUUCAAAUAAGAUAUGUUCAUAUUUCUGAAGCAUUAUUAUUUGCUUUACUAUAUUUUUAUUAAGGUUUUAUUAACCUUGUUUUUCUGCUUUAUUAAUCUGUAGGACAGCAUACAGUUAUUCGGGUGAUAGAAAUGGACUGUGAUUAAGAGUAGUCCAAAAGCCAUUAAUUUCAUAAGCACAACAGGUAUAAAUAUUUCAUAUCCAAAACCUUAUUUCACAUGAACAAUCUGAUCAUCAAAAACAGAAUGUUUUUUUUAGAAUCAACCUUCUGAUGGGGUGAACACAAGCACUUGUGAUAAUGAGAGUACAUUUGAGUCCAUUUAAUGUUUCGUUUAGUAUUUUUUAAAUAUUUAGUUGUUCAGUCUCUCAGCUGAACAUUUCUACCAGCUACUGUAAGUAUUAGAUUUAAUAUGAAAUCUUCACUUGGCAAAGCACAGUUUUGAUUAUACAGUAGCUGGUGAUUUAUUUAAAAGAAAUUAACUGAAAAUAUUAAGCUAUGGUUUUUUUCUUUAUAUGAAAGUUCUUACCACAAUGCAUAGUCAUAUUUCUGUAGAAUAUGUUUCUUAAUCAUGUUUGUUGAUACAGUAUCUGUUAGAAAGACAGUUGUGAAUUCCUUGCCCAGUAUUGUCCAUGAAUGUAUUUAUGAAAAAAACAACAACACCAUUGUAUAAUUUGUUUCAAAACAACCUAUGCAAUUAUUUUUAUCCAAAAAUGGGAUGGCAUUGAAUUAUUUGCAGAGACUUGAAAAGGCCUUUAUAUCACAGGAUUUCUCCCCAGCUUGCUUUGGCAGAGCCCACGAGUCAUAUAUCACAUCAGGUCCAUUGCUUCUGCUGACUGAUACAGUAUGAGUAAACAAUGGGAGGAAACACAGUCGCUGAAGAGAACCACAGGUGAAAGGUCAUUUGUGUGGUAUUUUUGGAACAUUUCAAUAUAUACAGUAUGUAUUACCUGUAAAAUCCUGUGUGUGUUCGGGAUUAUCUUGUUUUUUCAUUCCUUGCAUGUGAAGGAACCCUUUUCUGUAACAUGGGAGUAACAGAUGGUGCUCUUCUUUGAACAAAUAAAUAUCAAUCCAAUCUU